UAGUUGACCGUUAUCUUCUUCUUCUCCACAAAUAAAAAGAUCAAAAUGUUGGCUUCCUCUUCAUUUACAAUUCCACAAGCAAAUCUCCAUGCCUUACCCGCAUCAGAUCCUUCGUAUAAGCAUCUCCAAAACCAUCCAUCGCUGACACUUCUCUCCACAUGCAAAAGCCUCAAAACUCUGAAACAAAUCCACUCCCAAAUUUUCAAAAAUGGUCUACACAGUACCCAUUUUGCACUCAGCAAACUCAUUGAAUUUUGUGCCGUUUCGCCAUUUGGUGAUCUCCCUUAUGCACUCUCACUCUUCAAAUCUAUUCAAAACCCCAAUCAAGUUAUUUGGAAUAAUAUCAUCAGGGGUCUUUCAAUUAGUGAAUCCCCAAUUUUAGCUGUAGAGUAUUAUGUUGAUAUGGUUUCUUCUGGUUUUUCUCCAAAUAAUUAUACUUUUCCUUUUGUUUUGAAGUCUUGCUCUAGAAUUUCAAGUACCCAUGAAGGGAAACAGAUUCAUGGACAGAUUAUAAAGCUUGGAUUUGAUGAUGAUGCAUUUGUUCAUACUUCUUUAAUUACUAUGUAUAUGCAAAAUAGUGAAUUGGGUAAUGCUAGAUUAGUGUUUGAUAAAAGUUCUCUGAGAGAUGUUGUUUCAUAUACGGCUUUGAUUACAGGGUAUGCUUCGAGGGGUUUCCUUGACCAGGCUUUAGAGCUUUUUGAUGAAAUUCCUGUUAGAGAUGUUGUUUCUUGGAAUGCUAUGAUUUCCGGGUAUGCUCAAAGUGGUCGAUUCGGAGAGGCUUUAGCAUUUUAUGAAGAGAUGCUAAAAGAGAGUGUCACACCGAAUGAGAGUACAUUGCUUAAUGUUUUAAGUGUUUGUGCUCAGUCAGGAUCACUCAAUGUGGGAAAUUCCGUUAGUUCUUGGAUUGAAGAGCGUGGACUUGGAUCGAAUCUUAGGCUCGCAAAUGCCCUUGUUGAUAUGUAUGCUAAGUGUGGAGAAUUGGAUAAAGCUCAACAAUUAUUUGAGGGUAUAGAAUAUAAAAAUGUGGUUUCUUGGAAUGUUAUGAUUGGUGGGUAUACUCAUAUGAGUUGCUAUAAGGAAGCAUUAGGGAUUUUUAGGCGAAUGCUUCGUUCAAAUGUAGAUCCUAAUGAUGUGACCUUGUUAAGCAUUCUUCCCGCUUGUGCUAACCUUGGUGCUCUUGGGCUUGGUAAAUGGAUUCAUGCCUAUAUAGAUAAGAACAGGAAGAUUUUGGUUAACGAUGCCCUUUGGACAAGCCUAAUUGACAUGUAUGCAAAAUGUGGUAAUAUAGAGGCAGCUAAACAAAUUUUUGAUGGCAUGUAUUCUAAAAGUUUGGCAUCAUCGAAUGCAAUGAUUUCUGGUCUUGCAAUGCACGGACGCGCAGAAUUGGCCAUUGGCCUUUUCUCAGAAAUGACUAAGGAAGGGUUAACACCAGAUAACAUCACCUUUGUUGGGGUAUUAUCAGCCUGCAACCACGCUGGUUUACUCGAUCUCGGGCGUCAAUUCUUUAGUUCAAUGAUCGAAGAUCAUAAUAUUUCUCCAAAAUUGCAGCACUAUGGAUGCAUGAUAGAUCUUCUAGCCCGAGCUGGAUUGUUCGAUGAAGCAGAGUCGUUGAUGAAGAGCAUGGAAAUGAAUCCAGAUGGGGCCAUAUGGGGCUCACUGCUGGGAGCUUGUAGACUUCAUGGAAAAAUCGAAUUAGCCGAAUUUGUCGCAAAAAAUCUGUUUAAACUAGAGCCUGACAAGCCCGGGGCUUAUGUGCUCUUAUCAAACAUCUACGCAAAAGCCGGUAGAUGGGAGGAUGUAGCUAAAAUAAGAACUAGGCUAAAUGACAUGGGAAUGAAGAGAACUCCUGGUUGUAGCUCUAUUGAAGUGGAUAGUGUAGUUCAUGAAUUCGUCGUCGGCGACAAAGUACAUUCUCAGAGCGUAGAAAUUUACAAAAUGCUGGAUGAAAUUGACAUCCUUUUGGAGAAGGCUGGAUUGGUUGCAGAUACAUCUGAGGUGUUGUAUGAUAUGGAUGAGGAAUGGAAAGAAGGAGCUUUAAGACAUCACAGUGAGAAAUUGGCUAUUGCUUUUGGUUUGAUAAGUACAAAACCAGGAACAACAAUUAGAAUUGUCAAGAAUCUUCGUGUUUGCAGAAAUUGUCAUUCUGCUAUUAAGCUAAUUUCGAAGAUCUUCAAUAGAGAAAUUAUUGCAAGAGAUAGAAAUCGGUUCCAUCAUUUCAAAGAUGGCUCUUGCUCUUGUAAAGACUAUUGGUAAAACUUUUCUGCCACUUCUGCUACACUAAUGUUGCACAUAAA